AUACAUCCCUGCCCUGGCUUUGUUGAUCCUAUUGUCUUUUGCGUCACCCGCACGUCGCCCGGAAAAUAAAGGCCGUCUGGCUCCAAGCUUAAAUAUUGCGGCAAACUAAAAACCAACCAUCAGAGCCGAUUCAUUUACAUCUGCUCAGUGGGGCGACAAGGACAGGGCUUUAGGUGGGAAAGAGGGCAGAAAAUAGUUCACUCUCCCCUGCCGGGUGCCAAGAGAACGGGACAGGACUCAACUUUGCCGGAGCCGCAGCUGUGUGCUACGGACCGACCAUGGGUGACUGGAGCUUUCUGGGUAAUAUUUUAGAGGAAGUCAACGAGCACUCCACGGUGAUCGGCCGGGUGUGGCUCACAGUUCUGUUCAUCUUCCGUAUCCUCAUACUGGGCACGGCGGCAGAGUUCGUGUGGGGCGACGAGCAGUCCGACUAUGUUUGCAACACGCAACAGCCUGGAUGCGAGAACGUGUGCUACGAUGAGGCCUUCCCCAUUUCCCACAUCCGCCUGUGGGUGCUCCAGAUCAUUUUUGUGUCCACGCCGUCUCUUGUGUACGUCGGCCACGCUGUGCACCAUGUCCACAUGGAGGAGAAACGUAAGGAGCGAGAGGAGGCAGAGCUUAGCCGGCAACAGGAACUGAGCGAGGAGCGUCUGCCUCUGGCACCUGAUCAGGGAAGUGUCCGCACAACUAAGGAGACCAGCACCAAAGGUAGCAAGAAGUUUCGCCUGGAGGGCACCCUGCUGAGGACCUACAUUUGUCACAUCAUCUUCAAGACAUUAUUUGAAGUGGGUUUUGUGGUAGGGCAGUACUUCCUUUAUGGCUUCCGCAUCCUGCCACUGUACAAAUGCAGCCGAUGGCCCUGCCCCAACACGGUGGACUGCUUUGUGUCCCGCCCAACGGAAAAGACUGUCUUCAUCAUCUUCAUGCUGGCUGUGGCCUGUGUCUCGCUCUUCCUCAACUUUGUGGAGAUCAGCCACUUGGGUCUGAAGAAAAUCCGCUUUGUCUUCCGUAAGCCAGCCCCAGCUCCAGCUCAAGGCGAGGGCACAGCCCCGCCUCUGCCAUCACAAGGAAAAGGUCUGUCCCCGCUGGCUGUUCCCGCUUUGCAAAGAGCAAAAGGCUACAAGUUGCUAGAGGAGGAAAAGGUCCCACCUGUAACUCACCUCUACCCUCUGGCUGAGGUCGGCAUGGAGGCUGGCAGAGGGACCCCACCCUUCCAGACACUGGAGGAGAAAGUGGAGGAGGUACUGCCCAUGGAGGACAUCUCUAGGGUAUACGAUGAGACUCUGCCUUCCUACAGUCAAACGACAGGGACAGGGGAAGUGACGUUACAUGAAGAAGAAGUUGAGGAGGUGCAGCCACCAGAGGUGGAAGCAGAGAGAAUAGAGGAAGGUCUAGAUGAGGAUGCAGAGGUAGAGGAAGCAGAGAACGAGGAGAGGGAAACCCCUGCUGAGGCAGAGGUGGAGGCAACGGAUACGAUAGAAGACACCAGACCAUUGAGUCGACUGAGCAAAGCAAGCAGCAGGGCCAGGUCAGAUGAUCUCACCGUAUGAACCUGUGAGACAAAGCACACGCAUGCCUUCACACAUUCAACAUCAGGGAGAGCGUACACCACUAACUCAAAGCAGCGCAUACUUUUACACAGACAGGCCAAAAAGUGGUUGAAAAAAAAAAUCGACAGGGAUAGAGGAAAAGGGUGGAAUUGUGCAGAAAGCACCCUCAAUAAAUUAAAAUAUAAUAAAAUAAACAAAAAAGUCAGAGUGUUUGAGGUAAAAUGGAAUAUAAAAGUAGGGUUUAAAGAGGAGUUUAUUAUUAUUAUUUUUUUUUUACCAAGUGUGUACUUAUUUAAAAAGAAAAAUGGGGAAAUGUUUUUACUUGAUGAAAAUCAUUUUCAGUUUUUAGACAUCUUUUCUAUUGAAAGAGUUACAGCUAUUUAUAAUGGAGAAAUAGAUACUUGUAUACAAGGUUUGAGUUGAUAGGGAAAUACUACUAGAAUGUCUGCAAGUCGAUGCUUUUGCUGUAGAUGGACGAUGACUUUUCUAUUUAGACAGUGACAAAGUGUAAAGGCAGCCACACUGCUGUUGCUGAGAAACCUACUGCACAGAAACAUGCAACAUCUGGUAAAGUUUGCAAAUACACAGAUAUUUAAUGACAAAAAAGUCUGAUUCAGGUUCAGAGGGCCGUACUUCUUUUGCACAUUCAGAGAUUUCAACUCUGCGAGGCCUUCAACCCUCGUACCACCUCAUCUAGGGAUCCAUUUAUACAAGAUUCUUUCAAGAGAAGAGAGAUUUGCAUCAGUUUCAGAGCAUUUCUCUCCUUUUUGUGUUCAUAUACUAGGUGGUAAAAGCUAGAGCAGAGUUAGUCAGAAAAAAAAGAGAAAAAUUACCACAUGUUGAAUGUCUUUUUCAAUGUGAUUUGCAUCUUUUAUUUUAGAUCUGCUUAUGUUCUGUAGCCGUUCAAAAAAGGAAAACCUGUGUACUGUGAUAUUGGCUGUCCAUGCAAGACAGCAGGGCUCAUUUUGCCCAAUCAGAGAGAGCACUAUGGUAGUGACCUCAAGCCAAAUCCUCUCUGCGUGCUGUACAAAUACGCGUCCGGGCGAUAAAGAUCAUGCACCAUCAGCACAAGCUAUUGUUGGGGGCACGACAAUAAAUGAAACCACGCUCAUCAAUGAAAACAGGCAUCCUUGACCCAGGAAAUCAAGCCUUUGACUCAGUUUCAUUUACACAUUGGUAUUUAUCAUUACACAACAAGGACAAACUACAAAAUGCAUGAAGUUUCAGAGGAUUAGUGUACAUGAGUUACUGCAAGUUAAAUGAAAUACAGCACUAUUAAAGCAGCUGACUUCAGAUAAUAGAAUGGCUGGAAGAAAUGAAGUUUUAAAGAUAAUAGUCAUUUAUUGUCACAAACCUAAUAAAGCUAAUACAAAUAGAAAAUUUGAGUAGUAAACUUUUCAACUGAAUUAUUUUGCUAAUAAUAAGGGCUUUAAAACAGAGUGAACACAAGUUUUGGCCCCAGAUUUAAACAAAUCUUUAAAUUCUCCAGGCUUUUUUUUUCACACUGUCUUAUUUGUACAUUUUUGAAUCUUUUGUGAAGUUGAUGUUUUUCUUUUCUUUCUUUUUUUUUUAUAGAUAUGAACAGGUCUUUCACUCUGAGUCACCUGUUACAUCAACACAAAUAAUGUAUUCAUUAAGCAGAUUUUGGCCGUAUUUGCAGAAGUCAUAGUGUUGAUACUGUCAAGGCUGGGAUGAGAACAAGAACUUCUCACAUAGAAAAGCAACUGUUGUCCCCCGUGUACACCCUGCCCUCCUCCUACUCACUAUUAUCUGCACAUCUUUAUGAUUCAAUGCCGAAACAAGUUAAACUUGCUCAACACUGUUAUGCUCCAAAGAUGACACUGGGUCUUUUUUACAUUAAUAUGGCUGGUAACGUAUGAUUUUUUUUGUACUUUGAAACUGUUGCAUUACCUAUAUGUUUGUAAGAAGACACAAUGAUUAAUAUUUGGGGGAAAAAAAUCAUUUUUACUAACUUGUAGUCUUCUCUGAUGAUAGAUUAUUUUGAAAUGUGAAUAAAUACAAUAAAAAGU